ACCAACGCUGGACCCAGGACUGGUUAUCAGAAGCCCACGGCAGGACUUAUGUUUUCACUUGAUGAGUGGGCCAUUAUCUGUAUUGUUUGUUUGAUUUUGGUUGUGAUAUUCUUAUGGUACAACAGGGAAAGAUGGUUUGGAACUCCUUCCUCCUUGCCUUUCUUACUUUUGGUGCAUCUGGACAAGGAGAAAGGGCCUCCAAUUUGGCUUGGGAAGUGAUACAAGGAUUCAUACAUGUCUGGAAUAGAACGGAUCAGGGGAUCUGUAUUCAGAUUCCUACUUCUGCCGAGCAGGGGAUUAGAUUCGGUUUGAUACCCAUGAGGCUCAAUAUUGGAAAAUAUAAUAUGAGCAAUGGCAUUAUAGGGUUAGUAGAUGCUCCGUUUGAGUAUCAAUAUCGAAGUGAUUAUACCUCCUCUGGCAGAUGGUGGCGAGAUGAAGCAGCCUUCUAUGAGAUCCCUCGGGACACGGGGUGGCCUGACUUAAUAAACAAAACUUGUAAGCGAUGGAGAUUGGAGGUCAGUCGUGAAAUUGGUAUUAGUCAUAGCCCGCCGUGUCCUCCAGGAUUCAAGGAAGCCUAUUCCAGACGAUUCCCACCUUCUCCAUCCUGGUGGAGAAUAACAGGAUGCCCUUCCUAUCACAAUAUAUCUUGUCAUUUAGUGCCUUUUUGGCCUGCUUCCCCGGAAAUUACCCCUUUUGAAUUACAGUAUAAUGUAAGAUGGGAUUCAGCUUGGUGUGUUCACAUACCUGACAGGAAGGGACAAUAUCCUUCAGUGAAUAGCGCCCACACUGCUUGGGGAUGGUCAGUGAAACACAUGUUAAAAAAACAACCUCUUCACUUAUUAAAGAAAGAAUUUGUGGGCACGCCCAACCCCAAUGAUGCCCAUUUGUUAAACUGUACCCACAUUAUAGAUUGUACCACAGGCGCUGGCAAUCCCAUCGAAACAUGGAUCAGUUUGGAAGUUAGAACCUUAAUUCGAGAUAUGUGCACCUGUUGGGGAUAUCCGAAUUUUGGAUACCGAAACCGGGACAACCAAUGUAAUCAGAUCACCAAUAAUGUUAAUAUCUGGCUAAAAUGUGGAAUUCCCAUUAACCACUUCCCAAGACAUAAGGUGGGAGAGGAUAAUCAAAUACCCCGGGGAGACGCAGCUACUUGUCAAAACGCUUUGUAUGCCGCCCCUGAGGGGACCGUCUGGGGGUGCUCAGAUGGGAAAAUGUACUCGCACUUGAAUGUUAUCAAACAGGCUGGAUUGCGGUGUGGUUUGGGAAUUCCUACUAUGUGUCCCAGGCGAAUCUUUGAAUAUACCACACCACCUAUUCACAGGAAAAAACGAGAACUUGAUGACCCAAGUAGCACCCAGAAGUGGAUUCAAAGCAUUCUAAAACCUGAUUAUUAUACCUGGGGACAGAAAGUAUCGUUAGAGCUAGAAGCAUUCUUUGCACCAUCUGGGUAUAUUGUUCGGCACCAAUGGGUGCUAGAAAACCUAACUUGGCAAGUACAUGUAUUAAGUAAUUGGACUCGAUAUGCCUUUGGGGAACUAAAUCUGCAAGUGCAACAAGUAUCAAAAAUGGCGUUACAGAAUCGUUUAGCCUUAGAUAUGUUAUUGUUAAAAGAACAAGGUGUGUGUGGUAUGUUAAACUUGACUGAAUCCGAAUGUUGUAUUACCAUUCAUAAUGCCACGACCUCAAUUGAAGAAGCCCGGGCAAAGAUGAAGGAGAUUGCCGACCAGACGGGGGAACUCUUCCAUGCAAUGCAACCAGCUGACUGGUUUGAUGGCUGGAGUCCCAACUCAUGGCUACAUUCCAUUUUGGGAUCCUUGGGACUGACGGGAUGGGGAAAAUGGCUUGUAAAUAUUGGACUUAUGAUAUUAAUUGGAUUUACAUGUUUAAUAGCAGGCCUUGCCAUAGUAAGAUGUAUGAUUAGCCGCUUGCUAUCCUCAGCUGUCUCUCUCUCUUCUCCUACUGUCCGCUAUGUUAAAAUUACCACAGAAGAAGAUGAUAUAAACGAGAAUCAAAGUACAGCGACUGUUUGAGCCACGGGGUGGUGUGACGGUCGGACAAAUUAUAGUCAAUGUCUCAAACAUUCGUUAAAGAACUUUGGUGGA